ACUCCAAGGCCAUCGCCAUCCACCCGUGCUCCGCUCUGAUCCCAGAUCACCCUCGCCCCAUCCUCCGCGCGCUGCAGCUCUCGCCCCACGCGGAUGGCCUCCGCCCUCUCCGCCCCGGCGGCCUCCGCCGUCGCCGCCGCCCGGUGCAAGGUGUUCGGAGGAGGAAGGAACGAUGGGAGGGCCGGGUGCCGCGUCGGGGUCGCGAGGAAGGGCUGUGAUUUCCAAUUGUGCACGAUGCCACAAGCUUUUAGAACCAUACUGAGUCACGCGGAAUCGUAUCUGGGCUGCUGGUGCCUCCUGGGAUUCAGACUUCGCAUGACUCCGAUACGCACCUUUCCUAGCAAUUCAAUUUUUCAGCGACCUUUCAGCUCUGCUAGUCGGGACAGAGUAAAUACUAGCCACAUAACGAUGGCAGUUGCAGUAGAUGCUUCUCGCUUUGAAGGAGUGCCAAUGGCCCCUCCAGACCCGAUUCUUGGGGUUUCGGAAGCAUUUAAAGCAGACACAAGUGAUCUGAAGCUCAACCUUGGCGUUGGUGCCUAUAGAACGGAAGAGCUACAGCCCGCUGUCCUCAAUGUUGUCAAGAAGGCUGAAAAACUUAUGUUGGAGAAAGGAGAAAACAAGGAGUAUCUUCCUAUUGAAGGCUUCGCUGCAUUUAACAAAGCAACUGCAGAUCUAUUGCUUGGAGCUGACAAUCCUGUCAUCAAGCAAGGACGGGUUGCUACUCUUCAGUCUCUCUCAGGGACUGGAUCAUUACGCCUUGCUGCAGCUUUUAUUCAGAGAUACUUCCCUGAUGCGAAAGUACUUAUAUCAUCUCCCACAUGGGGAAACCACAAAAACAUAUUCAAUGAUGCUAGGGUACCAUGGUCAGAAUACCGGUAUUAUGAUCCCAGGACUGUUGGGCUGGAUUUUGAAGGAAUGAUAGCUGACAUACAGGCUGCCCCAGAGGGGUCUUUUGUUCUGCUACAUGGUUGUGCUCACAAUCCAACUGGAAUUGACCCAACUCCUGAACAGUGGGAGAAACUGGCAGAUGUGAUUGAAGAGAAAAGGCAUAUGCCUUUCUUUGAUGUUGCCUAUCAGGGUUUUGCCAGUGGAAGCCUUGAUGAAGAUGCAUCUUCUGUCAGGCUGUUUGUUAAGCGUGGUCUGGAAGUGUUUGUUGCACAGUCUUACAGCAAGAACCUUGGUCUAUAUGCAGAAAGGAUCGGUGCGAUAAAUGUCAUUUGCUCAGCACCGGAAGUUGCAGAUAGGGUGAAGAGCCAGUUGAAGCGAUUGGCACGGCCCAUGUACUCAAACCCACCUAUUCACGGUGCCAAGAUCGUCGCCAACGUUGUUGGAGACCCUACCAUGUUCGGUGAGUGGAAAGAAGAGAUGGAACAAAUGGCCGGUCGGAUCAAGAACGUUCGGCAGAAGCUUUACGAUAGCUUGACUGCAAAGGAUCAGUCUGGCAAGGACUGGUCUUUCAUUCUGAGCCAGAUAGGCAUGUUCUCGUUCACAGGCUUGAACAGACCCCAGAGCGAUAACAUGACCGAUAAAUGGCACAUAUACAUGACCAAGGACGGGAGGAUUUCGUUGGCGGGGUUGAACCUGGCGAAGUGCGAGUACCUUGCCGAUGCCAUCAUCGACUCCUUCCACAAUGUCAACUAGAUUAUGAUUUGCGUCGCGGCCACGCUACUGCGAUUAGUUCCUUCCAUAGUUUGCUGGGAUUUUUGGGUCCUUCCAGCUCGAGUUUUUAGUCGCGAUGCUGAUGACGUGUCCGGUGAUUCAGAGGUACAGUAAUAAAUAAUUUGGCAAAACUCACGGAUGCUAGGCGCUAUGCACUUGUACCGUUGUACGGUCCUUGCAAGCUUGUAAUGCUGAUUAAUUAUGUAUGAUGGCAUCUCCAAUUAGCCUUUUGAGUGCUAUAUCUCAAAGUUUCUUUUUUGGUCAAGAGGUAUUA